AUGGUUGAAUCGUGUUAUCGUAAUGGAGAUUAUUAUAUAUUAUGGAUAUUCAAUACAUUCGGAAGUUGUAUUUAUGGACAUCAAGAAUUAAUUAGUGUUAUAUUUGGUUACUUAUCAGUAUUUUGUUGGUUAAAUGCACAAUUCCCUCAAUUAAUAAAGAAUUAUAGAAAUAGUUCGGUGGAUGGAUUGAGUUUAUCAUUUUUAUUCAUUUGGUUUUUAGGAGAUGUAACAAAUUUACUUGGAUGUGUUCUAACGGAUCAAUUGCCAUUUCAGGUUUAUAUUGCCACCUACUUUUGUAUAGUCGAUUUUUGUUUAUUCUAUCAAUACUUUUACUAUAGUUGGGGUCGAAAUCCGAUAUGUGAAUUAUUAUCAUUAAGACAUGUAUCAUCAUCGAAUCGAAAAUUUAGGGAUUCAUUGGAACUUAAACGAAGAAAAAAUUCUUCCGACCAAGGAAAUAAUAUCAAUAAUUCAACGUCAACAAUUUUUGCCAUAAUGUUUUUAACAUUUCAUUACACCUCAUUCAUCUCCCACACUUCAUCGAUUUCUACACCUCACUUUAAUUUACGUUCGUUGGAUCAAUCAGAUGAUAUUGAACCAUUAAUCCCUUCAAAAACUUUCUUUCAACAGCAUUCAUUAUUAAUUGGCAGAAUAUUUUCUUGGAUUUGUACUGCAUUUUAUUUAUGUAGUAGAAUUCCACAAAUUAUUAAAAAUCAUAAAACAAAAUCAGUCGAAGGACUUUCAAUAUUCAUGUUUAUUUUCGCUGUUUUUGGCAACCUCACAUAUUCCCUCUCCAUAUUUAUAAAUCCAUUAUUCUUCAAGGAUUCUUACUAUGCAGGAGAAACUAUUCCAUAUAUAUUGGGUUCAAUUGGAACUUUGGGAUUUGAUAUUACAAUAUUUAUUCAAUGGUUUAGAUUGAGAAAUAAUAAAGCAAAAAGUCGUUUGAAGCGUCAAGAAGAACAAGAAAAUGGAUAUCCGGCAACAUCCGAUUGUAAGCACAAAUCGGAUUUAUCAUUAAAACAUAAAUUUAAUAAUCAUUGGUUUGAUAAGUUUACUGAAAGUCGAGAUAAAAAUCUUGAAAGAGAUUCAAAGGAUUUCAGUCCCACACAAAAGAUAAAACAUCAAAGUCUUCCAGUAAGUUCAAAAAAAUUGCAAUUAUUGGAUUCUAAAACAAGAAAAUUUAUUGUUGACAAACGACGAUAUGCAGUAGUUGAUCCUUUCAAUAUAGGCCACAAUAGAACUAAAAAAGAAAAAAUAAUAAGAAAUAGUCAAUUCAGUAUUCAAUCAGUACGACAACUUAAUAGAAUAUCAACUUCAAAUCUACAUAACAAAUCAUACAAACCAACGGAUCGAUGGAAAAGUUUGAACAUAAUAAAAUAUCAAGAAAAUUCCACAUUAAAACGAUCAUCAAGUUUUGAAGUUGGUGAUUUUAAAGAUUUAAAAAAAAUUUCAGAAAUUUCUCAAGAGAUAUCUGAAUCCACGACAAAAGAAAAAUCUAACAUAGAAUACAUCAACAAUAGUUCAAAUGAAGAUCAAAGCAUUUGUUCAUCAUGUAAAAGAAAAAUAGCUAUUGUUGGUUAUUAUGCACAUUGGUGUCAAUUUUGUGAAUCCAAAAGAUUUGAAGAAGAAUUUGGUACUUGGACGAGUGAAAAUGAUGAAAUAGAUUGCUUUAUUUUAGAAACGCAACUUGAUAGUAAAAGUUGUUUUGAUUAUUUGGAAUGGAUUCAGUAUGAUAGAUUUCAUGAUAUUCAAUAUGUUGGUACAGGAUAUUUUGGCGGUGUCUGUCAUUCCGUUUGGCUAGAUGGGCCACGUGAUAAAUGGGACGAACGAACAAAACAAUACAUUCGAACUGGAGAAUGUUUGGUUGCCUUAAAAUAUUUGAAUAAUUCAAAAAAUAUAUCAUCAGAGUUCUUUGAAGAGAUGAGGAAAUAUUUACAAUGUGAAAAUAAUAAUGGAAUACACAUUAUACGAUCCUUUGGAAUUUCUCAAGAUCCAAAAACAAAAUAUUAUAUAUUAGUUAUUCAAUACGCACGAAAUGGUGAUCUUACCAAAUAUCUAACGAAAAAUCUCAACGUGACAUGGCAGCGAAGGCUAGAAAUUCUUUAUGCUAUUUCUACAGUAGUUCAAUCCGAAAACAAUCAAGCAGAGAUGUCAAUAACAUUUGAUAACAAUUCUUUAUAUUCAUUGAAAGAAAAAAUAACACAAAAUUUGGCGGUAAUAGCGCACAUGGCUGCCGAAACCGAAUUAUAUAAAUUAAAAGCUGCCACAAUAGAAGCUGAUAAUACUAUAACAGCAGCAGAAAUAUAUGAUAUCAUGCAAUACUGUAUAGGAUUUUGUACUACUAUUUGUUUCAUCUAUCUUCACUUAAAAAAACGAGUAAUAAAUGCUGUUCAGAAAAGAAGGAAUUUUUUGAAUUCUAUUGACUUGAAAGUUAUAAAAAAUCCUUUAUUACUUGGAUUUUUUCAUCCAUAUUGUAAUGCUGGCGGAGGUGGAGAAAGGGUACUUUGGACGGCCAUUCGUAGCAUUCAAGAAAAAUAUUCACAUGUAAUGUGUGUUGUGUAUACUGGCGAUACCCAAGUUACAAAAGAAGAUAUAUUGAAAAAAAUUGAGGCAAGGUUUAGUAUUCAACUUAAUCCAAAUACCAUUGAAUUUGUGUUUUUGAAUAAACGUUAUUGGGUAGAGGAUGUGAGAUAUCCUCGCUUUACUUUAUUAGGUCAAAGUCUUGGAUCAAUAGUACUCGGAUUUGAAGCACUUGAGAAAUUGACACCGGAUUUGUAUUUUGAUACAAUGGGUUAUGCAUUUACAUAUCUUAUUGCUAAAAGAAUUUUUGGUUAUAUGCUCAAGAAAGUGCAAGAAAGGAGACCAGGAUAUAAUAAUCAGAGUUUAAUUACUAAAAGUUCAUACGCUGAAAUAGUAAUGGUAAAUUCCACUUGGACUAAAGGACAUAUUGAUGAGCUUUGGGGAGUGAAAAGUAAUAUUGUAUAUCCUCCCUGUGAUACAGCAGCUUUAUCAAAACUUCCAUUAAGUGGAAGACAAAGAGGAGUCAUAGUUAGUAUAGCUCAAUUUAGACCAGAGAAGGAUCAUCGACUUCAACUUCAGGCCUUAAAUAGAUUGUUAAUAAAUCAUCCCGAAUUUCGAGAUGAUUUAGAAAAUAAGGUUAAACUUGUAUUAAUAGGUAGUUGUCGUAAUGAAGGUGAUCAAAAAAGAAUUCAAGAAUUAAAGAAAUUAUGUAAAAAUUUAAACAUUGAGAAUAAUGUAGAAUUUGAAAUUAAUGCAAGUUUUCAAGUCUUGGUAAAUUGGCUUUCAAAAGCUAUGAUCGGAUUACAUACAAUGUGGAAUGAACAUUUUGGAAUUGGAAUUGUUGAAUAUAUGAUGGAUAUUAUUAUUCCAUAUAAUAAUCAAAUAACGGGUUUUCUUGCUGACGAUGCGAAUUCGUUUGCAAAUGAAAUUUAUAAAGUCUUAACUUUAACAGAUAAUGAAUUUAUGAAAAUACAAAAUAAUGCAAGAGAACAUGCUAAAUUACAUUUUUCGGAAUUUGUUUUUCAGAAUUCAAUUUUAGAAUUGUUGAAUCCUCUAUUAAGUAAAAAAACAGUAAUUAAUAAUAAUAAAGAGAAUAUUGCAAGCUUUUGA